AUGCUUAAGAUUUNCUCCUGCUGUCCGCACCGCCGCUCCUGGGAUUUUGCUCCAGCGCCCACCGCUCCUGCAGUCCGCACCGCCAGCACCACCGCACGGUCAGCUACCCUUCUCUCUCUCUUCACCGCCGUGCAACAGGGUGACCUCCAAAUUGUCACCACACUCUUAGAGGCCGACCCCUCUCUCUUCCACCAAACCACUCUCUACGAUCGCCACUCUCCGCUUCAUAUUGCCGCAGCCAAUGCCCAGAUCGAGAUUCUCUCUAGGCUUUUGGAUGGAUCUCUCAACCCAGAUGUUUUGAAUCGCCACAAACAGACUCCGCUUAUGUUGGCAGCAAGGCACGGGAACAUCGCGUGUGUCGAGAAGCUUCUUCAAGCCGGAGCUAAUGUAAUGUUUCGAUUUCAUUGA